AUGCCUCCCAAAAGAAGUCGAGACAACGGCGACGACGACGACAAGGGUCGAAAGAAGGACGACAACAACAAGAACACCCCAGCUCGGCCUGCCAAGCGUCAGAAGAAAAAGAAAAACGAGAUCCCUCGCCCAUCCAAUGCUUUCAUGAUCUACAGAAGAGAGCGCCAACAACGCUUCGAGCAAGAAGCGCUCGAAAUGCAGGGCGACGGAUCCGACCCCAAGAGUACCUUUGGACAUGUGUCCAGGUGCGCUGGCGCAGCUUGGAGGAACGAGAGUGAGGAGGUUAGAAGCCUCUAUUUCGCAAAGGCCGAGCAAGAGAAGAAGGAACAUAAGAAGUUGUACCCUGACUAUAAGUUCAAUCGCGAGAAGAGGGGCAAAAGGUCUGCGAAAAAGAAAUUGGAUAAGGAGUUGGAGGAUUAUCAGCGCCAAUGCUCACCUGAGGAAGAAGCGACGAACCGACCUGUGGCAGGACCAAGCCGACAUACCGAGGGCGGAGAGGCAUCCUCAUCCCAAUCAUCCACCGGAGCUCAAAGGGCACAGCGCCAGAGGCAAACCAAUCGACGCGGAACCCAAGCAGAACAAGGAGCGCGCCCUCCGCGCAGCGCGGUACAGAUCGCUCAGCAGACCCUGCUUCAGGCGGCUGCCGAGUUUACGCCUUUCGCUCCGCAGCCGCAAGCAGAGACUGAACGUACGGUCACCCCUCCCAUUCAAUCAGAGCUCUCAGACGAGUCCCAACAUGCGAAUACCCAAGAGCCUGGCGACUUAACCGUACCCGAACCAGUCCCUUCCCCAGUCGAACAGCAUAACACUCCCUCUGGAAACCAUGAACCACAGGCAUUGAACACAUAUUCCAACCCAACUCAUCAACAGUCGAAUAGCUUCGCUAGCACCUCCGCGCACACUCUAGAUCACGGAGCCGGACUCACCCUUCAGCAGGCUGAAGGCAACUCGAACCCGGUAAUGUUGAACCAUUUUGGUUCCACGUCUGGCCAAGCCAACUACGCACACCAAACUCAAACCCUCCACGCGCCGUAUCCAACCCGGCCUCGACAAGCCUCCCUGGUCAACCCUUUCUUGUCGUACUUGACUGGUAAUGGGUGGCAACCGCCUCCGGGAUACGUAGGUCAGCCCUCCCAGCGCCACGAACCUUCCCCUCUCCUCACCGACCUUUCCGCUACACCGAGUCCUUCGUUGGCAUUCCUCCCCAUUCUUCCAUCGACUUACAUGAAUCACGGAAUCCCUGUCAAUUACGGUUCGACUAACCCUCUUCCAGGCCCCAGUUAUUCCAACAACCACCAGAAUACAGCUGCCGCCGAUAAUUUCGAUGACCUGCUGCAGUACUUCGAUCCGAGUGUGUUCACCACGCAAGAUACGGAUGGGGGACAGGGACUCGGAGGUAGCGACGAGUUCGACCUGUCGGCGUUGUUCCAAGAUGAGAACCAACCGCCUUCUCAAUAUCCCAACCACUCUCAAGGCGACGACAGCGACGGAAAUGGCCAUUACGAUGGAGGAGCAGGUGGCCCUAGUGGCCAUUACAAUUUUAAUCACUUCGGAGGUCUUUAA